AUGGGAUUGUUUGCAGCUAUUACAGCUCUUUGGAUUUGGAUUUGGGCUUCUGCUGCCGCUUCAGAAAGUAGUAAAGAGAAUAAAGGUGGAACAAAUGAUUCAGUUGAGGACCGAGUAUUUACAAUAAUGUUAGGUUGUAUUAUUGCUCCAUUUGCUCUCAUAGGUAUUAUCUUCAUAAUUUGGUUUGUAUUGGGAAUCAUAGCCGGUAUUAUCAUGGGGUUGGGUUUUGGUGUGUAUAACUUAUCAUUAUUAGUAAUAAAAGGUAUAAGCCAAUUUAUAACGUGGAUAAAGCCAAUUUCAGGAAAUAUUAUACAGAAAAUAAAACAAAAGAGGCAACAACAAAUUGAGAAUAAUAUUCAUAAUGGAAAUUCUAGUUAUGAUCUCACAAAUUUCUUUAAAAAAAAAUCCAAACAACCAAACGAUAUAAAUAAUAAUAACAAUGAUGAUAAUAAUGAUAAUAAUUGGUUUAAUUUUGGGAAAUUUUUUGGACAAAAAUCUAAUAAGGAAGAAAAUAGUUGGAUAGCAAUGGAUCUUGAAUCACUACCAAAGUAUGAAGAAAUAAAUUGUUCUAGUCCACAAUUAAAUAAUUCAAAUAGUUUCAAAUGA